CCGGAGCGGCUGAAAGGCGGAAGUGGAGGCCGGAGCCUGGGACACCGCUGGGGGGAGAGGAGCGGAGCCUGUCCGAGCCCCGGCCCCAAGUAACGCCGCCGCCCCGGAGCCGCCGUAUCUGUGGAGAGCAGGACCAGCAUCCAGGCAGAGCAUGUCACCAGGCAGUUUGCGCCAGGCGGAGCACCUGACAGCGCUUAAGAAAUACAGACACAGGCCCUUCUCCAAACCUUCAUCGGACCUCCGGGGGCUGGCUGCACAGUUGGAGGCCCCUCCCCACUAAGUGCCUCUUUGCACAGCACUGGCCCCCACCCCCACGCUCACCGGCACCACUGCAGCGGGACGGGCCAUGGCGGGUCGGGGAGGUGCAGCACGACCCAACGGACCAGCUGCUGGGAACAAGAUCUGUCAGUUUAAGCUGGUCCUGCUGGGGGAGUCCGCAGUGGGCAAAUCCAGCCUCGUCCUCCGCUUUGUCAAGGGUCAAUUCCACGAGUACCAGGAGAGCACAAUUGGAGCGGCCUUCCUCACACAGACCGUCUGCUUGGACGACACAACAGUCAAGUUUGAGAUCUGGGACACAGCUGGACAGGAGCGGUAUCACAGCCUGGCCCCCAUGUACUAUCGGGGGGCCCAGGCUGCCAUCGUGGUCUACGACAUCACCAACACAGAUACGUUUGCACGGGCCAAGAACUGGGUGAAGGAGUUGCAGAGGCAGGCCAGCCCCAACAUCGUCAUCGCGCUCGCGGGCAACAAGGCCGACCUGGCCAGCAAGAGAGCCGUGGAGUUCCAGGAAGCACAAGCCUAUGCAGAGGACAACAGUUUGCUGUUCAUGGAGACAUCAGCAAAGACUGCGAUGAACGUGAAUGAAAUUUUCAUGGCAAUAGCUAAGAAGCUUCCCAAGAACGAGCCCCAGAAUACAGCUUGUGCUCCGGGCCGGAACCGAGGAGUGGACCUCCAGGAGAAUAACCCUGCCAGCCGGAGCCAGUGCUGCAGCAACUGAGCCCCCCUUACCUGCCCACUGCCCCCACCUCCUCCGCCUCAACGACCCGACUGGAAUCCACUCUAACCAAUCGCACUUACCGACUCGGGCCACCACUGGGGGGCAGGGGGAGGGGCCCACCAUGGUUUCUCCAUAUCAUUUUGAUCAUAGGCCGGAGUGAGUUAUUCCACCUGCACCUUUCUGUACAAAUACUAAUUCAAUUUUAAGUCUUAAGUCACUUUUUUAAUAUAUAUGAUCUGCUCUUCCCACUUCUGCCCUUUCUACUGCUCUCCCACUCCUCCUUUGCCGGUAGUAGCCACGUGCCCCUGUUCCCCCCACCCUGGUGUACGGGGAGGCGGGGGUUGGAGCAGUUACCCUUCUUUCCCUCUUGCUGAUUAGCGGGCUCAGCAAGAGCAUCCAUAUCCUUAACUGUGUUUGGAGUGUGCUUCGUUCUGGGUGACGGGGCAGGUCCUAGGGGCCAGGGAAGGGGGAGACAGCUCUUCCCUCAGCUGGCUGUCAUCAGGCUGCAGCGUCCCCUCCCCACCCCCUGACUCACAGCUGGGAGAGAACCCACAGCAUUACCACAGCAUUAUUGUGACAGCCACGAACCCAU